AUGCCGAAUGUUGCCUCAGAUCAGGUGACCACGCAGAUCCAAGCACUUGCAGCUCACGUUGGCCUCGACGUCCACUUCACCCCAAAGCUGUCUCGUGCAGACGCUCCCACGAAGACGAGCACCGCGACCCCCGAGCCCGGUGGCCCCGAGGAUCCUAAGUUUGAUCUUCCCGGCACCUUGAGCAGCAGCAAGAGCAGCCGACGAGCGAGCUUUGCCACUCUUCUUCCUACAGCUCGUGUAGCUCCGCCCAAGCGCUCUCAAGCCGGCCAGUGGACGCUUGAAAAGCGUCUGAUCUUCGUCGACCGCCUUAUUACAGCGGGCUACAAGAGCCUCAGCCUUGCGGACCUUGCUGACGAACUCGGCCUCAAGAAGAAGCAGCUCGUCAAUCAGCUUACUCCCGGCCGCACAGGAAGUAUCCGUGAGCUGUGCAUGAAUGCUGCAGCCCGCAUACUAGAUCCCUGCUCGGAUUGCAAGAAGAAGCAGACAAGCUCUAAGCGCAAGGCCGACAGAGAAGGCUUGGGCGAAUUCCUUCUCCGUGGCGUAUGUGGAGACAUCGCAGAAGAAGAUGAGCUUGAUGGCAAGGACAUUGAAGAAGAGGAGGAUGAGCUGCCCGACGAGAGACUUCCAGAGGCAAGCAGCGCGUAG